UCACUAAGGCACAGAGCUGUUUCCCUGCAGGCCACAUUCGGCACAUCUUGCAAUGAUGCUCUCCCAACCCCAGCUGUCAAAGUGCUCGUGGCGAGCGCGUCCAGAGGCUUUCUCACCGGUUCAAAGAGAGGCCACUGCAUCUUUCGGAAGGUGGCGGGUACGCUGUGCCAGCGCGCUCGAGAGGAACUCGGGUCCGCAGGCCUUCUCUGGUCGAAGGCUGCCUGGAAUGGGAGCAUCCAUGCAGCGAUGGCGGGGCUCAAGGUGCACGCGGGCACUGCAGACGAGGGCCUGCAACAGGGCUUUGAAAAGGUCUUGACUUGUAUCAAGCAGGCCCACCUCAGGGAGGGGCUGCGGCGACCAGCGAGCCCCUCCCCUGGAGCUCACAGGACUGCUGCGAGCCCAGCGCCCGCGCCCGCGAGCCCAGCUGCCACGAAUGAGGCCUGGCAGCCAGCUGGUGGCGCAUCCAGGAGAGCGAGGAGAGCGAGGGAGGAACCGGCCAGCUACCUCUUUGGGGACAAAGGUUGCAACGACUGGCAGCAAAACCAAUACUGGUGGGAUCCAACUCCCAGGAGCAGAGACCUAAUUGAAAAGCUCUUGAUUAUCGGUGGGGUCGAGAGCAAUCCGGGACCCUCAUCGAUAGAAGGGGACCGUCCCCUAGCAUCAGGAGGAGACACGCCAGUGGACGACGUCGGCGCGGCCAGAGUAGUCGCUCUGCCGCCUCUUCACAAUGCAAGAGACGGCCCUGAGGAUUGGCAACACGCCAGCGCGGACCAACUGCAGCGUUCGGGAUCCGGUGUCGGCACAAAGAGGCCGCCGAAGCAUGUGCCAUCAGGAGCAGAACCGUUGAGGAGGAGAAAGAGGGGGAGACUCGUCAAGCUCUCCGAACUUGCCAGCAGAGCCCCUCCAGACCUUGCUGCUGGCAACGUGAUCGAACUGGCUACUAGCGCUCUCACACAGGACGCCAGAGAGCUUGAGGAGGAGCUUGAGGAGGACCUUAGUGACAGCGACCGCAAUGGGCGCAGGUCCAAGGAGCGAGCGGUUGCUGACUUCUUUGCAGAGAGCAGACAGCGGCGAGAGGCUUGGGUGGCCAGAGAGGAGACGAUGUACGGCCCUCCCUCCUCGUCAGAGCAACACGCUCCUGAGGAGCUGGGGGGGCUAGAAACCAAUGGUGCCGAGGCCGGCGAGCAGGAGCCGCUUGGAAGGCAUAGUUCAGCACCUACAGCGCCCGACCUGGUACGCAGCCAGGACAGCGAAGCAAGGCCAUCAACGCCAGUGGCUCCAAAGACUGGUCGGCCGACGUCAAAAAAGCGACACAAACGGGCAAAGCCGAACCCUGUCCGAGUGGACGAGUUGGCUCGAGCGGCCGGUCGAGCGGCUGUUGAAGCUCAUCACCAAACACUUGGGGCCCUAAGGGCCCCCAGACUGCAGCGCGAGGGGCAAGCCAUACAUCAAACGGAGCUGGGCGAUUUUGGAGGCCCGGCUCAUGCACCCCCCGUCGCACUUGUGACCGACGCUCCCAUCUCAAACGUUGGAGCCUUGGCAGAGCGCCUCCAAGCCAAGCGGGACGCCGAGGAAGCGACCGCACGCGGGGGGCGCCUGAAACGCUACGGGCGUGUGCGUCCUCUUGGCGUGCCAACCUCGGCGGAUGACCCCCCGGCCCGCACCAUCCAGGACCCGGGCGCUCUCGCCGCUGCCCCUCCCUCGCCCCGUGUCGCCCCCCCUCCUCAAGAUGGCUUCAGCCUUGCCCUGAGCGCUGAGCAGCCCCCACCAGCAGCCCCCUCCGAGCCCCCUUUUGCAGAAGAGGAGCAGGCGCCGAUGGCGCCGCUUCCAAGCAAUCAGCCCCUCGCAGCCGACGAUGCACCCGCCACCCAGCAGCCAACCCCUCCCUUCUUCUCGCAUCCUCGUGAACCCCCCUCCUCGGCCGGGCACCCUGCCCAAGAUCCACCCUCUCGCUUCCUCGCUGAGGAGCUUGCUGCUGCUCAGCAAGUCAAGCGCCCUAAGCCCCCGGUCACAGCCCCGCCCCCCAUCCAAAGCGCACAGCCCGAGGUGGUCCCCGGUCAGCCCCCAACAGUCGGCCCCUUCCCUUCCCCUAUCCACCAGGAGCAGGCGCCCGUCGACCAGGCGCUUUCGCCCGACCUGCCAAACCAGCCCCCGGCAGUGGACACAAGUCAGCCCACUGGAACUGAGCCGUCAGCUGAGCCGUCAACUGCAAUUCCGCCCUUGGAGCCACCCGCUCAGCUGCUUGGGGAGCCCCCGCAGGCUGCGUCGGUCGGAGAUGGUGGGCCCAGCUGGUGCAAGAAGCUAGAGGAGGCGCUGCAGCAAAGGCGGGCAAACGGGCGUGCAAUCAUGGUAGCGGAGGAUGUGCACCAGGGGGGGGCAAAGCGCUACGGCAGCUUCGAGAAUGUCGCGGCCUUGGUGGCGCACCGAAGGUCGCUUGGGCCGUUUGCGCAUCUGUACGAGCUCAUCCAGGACGAUGCUUGCUGGCGCGUCUACUUCGACCUGGACUUUUCGCUCCCCACCGAGGAUUCAAGCGACUUUGAACGGCGCCUGGGGGCUUUCCACCUGGUCAGGGACCGUUUCUUAACCUCGGUGCUGAACAUCCCCGAGGGCGCGCUCCAUUUCCAAGCUUGCAAGGCGCACGGUCCGGCGCGCCCCCCGAAGCAAGAGUUCAAGUACAGUGUGCACGAGGUGCUGGAGGGGUUUUACCUGAGGGGCCUGGAAGCCAGGAGGGCGUUCGGGAAGGCCUUUGGGUGCUUCUUGGAGAGCCCCCCGGACGACCUGAAGGCGAGCAUCGAGCUCUUGCGGAAGGAGAAUGGAUCCGCCUACAUGUGGGACGGGUCCGUCUAUGGGCGCUACCGCUGCUUCCGAAUCUUGAGGUCCUCCAAGUUCGGGGACCGUCUUCGCUCCCUCGUCCCCUGCGAUGGCAGCUCUGAGGCGAUCGCUGACCACCUGGUCUGCCUUUACUCGGAAGCAGAGCUGGCCGACUCCACCGAGAUUAGCGCCGACCUUCUUGGGCAGUGGGCAACCGCGCAGCGCGGCCCCCCUGCCCCCGCUCGUGUGGGGGCCUUCCGGCAGAGGGCGCUAGCCCUCGACGAGGCGAGCACCUCGGAGGGGCUCGGCGAGGAUCUCACCGAGCAGGAGCGGGCCAUCCUCAUCGCCCGCUACCAGGAGGAUCACGCAGGGGCCCAGAUCGACCGGGUGGUGCAGGAGCGGCCGGGGGUGUUCUUCAUCCACUUUUGCACGCCGGAGCCCACGUGCUGCAUUGCGGGGAGGCGCCACACGUCCCCAGGCAACCAAAACCCGUACCUGAUAUACAAGCGGGACGAGCCACGCAUUGCGCGCUACCAGUGCUUUGCAAACAGCUGCAGGUUCCAGGAGUUCUUGUUCGAGAUGGUCAAGAAGGAGUACAAGGUCGACCCCAGUCGGGUUGAUCACGACUUCUACACCCGCUUUUGCGCUGACGAGGACGAUGCAAAGAGGACAAGAGAGGCCCACGCGAACUAUCUCAGGUUUCGGGAGCACCGCUUCGACGCCCUCGCCGCGGACCUGAACAGAGCACUUGGGCAGGCCAACGAGGAGGGCGUGAUUUAG